CUAAUCAUUCCAGGUUAUUUCACAUUUUCCUAUAGUUCAUGAAUCAAUUCGAGAUUUUGAUGACUUAUUUCGGGUUUUAAUGAAUCAUCCUGACCCUAUGGCUGCUUAAUUUCCUAUCAGCGAUUGCACAUUGCGAUAUAUUUUUGGUGCAAAAUAACUUCCUGUUCUCAAAUAACCAGUAAGUUUUAUAUUCGGAAAGUUUUGAUUAAUUAUGAAUUCAGGUGUCUUACAACACCGGAAUUCCACUUUGCAUAAAAGCAUUCUGGCUCAUUGACAUACUGUCCCUUUCGACAAGGAAUCAUCAGGGUCCAGAAUGGACAGUUCUCUUCUUACGGAAACUCCGUUUCGAAAUUGGGUUCUUCCGGUUUACUAAAAAUGUGCUCCAGUUUUAUUGAGUAUCACUGUGCCAGAUUUCCUCCUUGAUCCAAGCCAUUUUGGGUGAAGUCUUCCUUGAGGAAUAAAUUAGUAUUUACGAUUGGGAAGAUUAUGAAGAGUUUUAAUGAAUGUGACUGGAUUUAUACUACACUAUUUGCUUGAACCCAUAUCUAGUGGUUUAGCAUCUUUGAAUGCUCCUUUGGUCUUGGAAAUUGUAGAUAAUAAAAAUAUUGAAGAGAUGAAGGAUUUAAGAGAGACCUGCAGAGGGGUAUAUCAUAACUUUGAGUAGAAAAGGAGGAGGUACUUUAAGAGACGUUGGGGUGAUACUUGCAUUUUUACUUGACUAGUUUUCUCUCUUUUAGUUUCUUUCUGGCUUUGAAUCA